AUGGCAUACGACUAUGUAUCGGUGCAUCUCAAGUUCACCAUCCCACUGGCCGGGCUCCUCACCCUGGUUUUGAGACCGCUGCUGACCAAGUAUGACCUGAUCAAGACAUCCAUCCUCAUAUUCAUUGCCUUCACGGCCACUCUACCAUGGGAUUCCUAUCUGAUCCGCCGCGGAGUAUGGACGUACCCACCCGACGCCAUCGUGGGGCCCCGGCUCUGCUCUGUGCCGGCAGAGGAGCUGUUUUUCUUCGUAAUCCAGACGUACAUUACGUCCAUGCUGUACAUCAUGCUGAACAAGCCGGCUCUGCACUCGCAGUAUCUGACCAACAGGAAAGACUCGUCUGCGACGGUGCGAUGGGUGAAGCGAUUUGGCCAGGCAUUACUGGUCGGGGGCUUUGCGGUGGGAGCUGCUUUGGUCCGGAAAGGGGGUGGGGGCACUUAUUUGGGACUUAUCCUGGUGUGGGCGUGUCCUUUUGCUCUUCUCACGUGGUCCUUUUCGGGGUACUUUAUCAUACGGCUGCCUUUCACAUGUGUCGUGAUGCCAAUACUGCUGCCAACCCUCUACCUCUGGGUGGUCGACGAACUUGCAUUGGGAAGAGGCACGUGGUCCAUUGAAUCGGGGACGAAACUUGGGAAAUGUGUUUGGGGCAGCCUCGAAUUGGAGGAGGCCAUUUUCUUUCUUGCGACCAACGCCCUCAUAGUCUUCGGCAUGGCAGCAUUUGACCGCGCAAUGGCCGUGUUGAACACAUUCCCUGAACUAUUUCCCGGAGAUUCGAGAACACCCACGCCGAGACAGCUCAUUCAAGCUGUCCUCGUCGAUCCCGCAAAAUACAGAAUGGAUCGUGUGGUGGGAAUCAGGGAGGCUGUCUCGAGAUUACGGCGCAAAAGCCGCAGUUUUUACCUGGCCAGCUCUGUCUUUCCCGGCCGCCUUCGUAUUGAUUUAAUUCUCUUGUACGCGUUUUGUCGAGUGGCAGAUGACUUGGUAGACGAAUCACGCACAGAAACAGUCGCGCAUGAUUGGAUUACGAAGCUGACCGGCUACCUCGACCUCGUUUACUCAUCAAACGACGCUGUUGCAGCAUCUGACGCAAAGGUGCAGAGCUACGUUGAGAAGAACUUUCCGGCUUCAACACAAUCGGCUUUGAAGCUCCUACCUACGAAGCUACUGCCUAGCGAGCCCCUUUAUGAGCUUCUGGAAGGGUUCAAGAUGGACCUAUCCUUCAGCCAGACCGGCAAUAAUGGAAAAGGUCCGCAUCUGCCUGAAAAGUACCCGAUCCGGAACGAGGACGACCUUCAGUUGUAUGCUUCCCGCGUGGCUAGUACCGUCGGGGAACUGUGUCUCUGGCUCGUCUUCCACCACAGCAAGACCAAGCUCUCGAGCGACAAGCAGGCAGUCUUAGUACAGGCAUCCCGCACCAUGGGUCACGCACUACAGUACGUCAAUAUCGCGAGGGAUAUUGCCGUAGACGCCGGGAUGGACCGCGUUUAUCUCCCGACCAACUGGCUUAAGGAGGAGGGGUUGACUCCGCGGGACAUCAUCAAGGCGCCGAGACAAGCCAUCGUAGAAAAUUUGAGAGGACGGCUACUGGAUGCGGCGUUUGAGGAGUAUGCCAGGUCACGGUCGACGAUGGACAUGUUGCCCAAAGAUGUAAGGGGUCCGAUGAUAGUCGCGGUGGAGAGUUACAUGGAGAUUGGCCGGGUAUUACGAGAGAAGAAGGGGGUGCCAUCAUCGAGUCGGCCUGGGAGAGCUACAGUGCCUAGAUCGAGACGGAUACUGGUUGCUUGGAAAGUGUUAUCGUCUCAAUAG